GCCGCCAUUUUCUCCUCCUCGCCGCCGCAGCCUGCUCUUCGCUUCAGCCUCUCCCACCUUAAAGGGGCAGCGCCGCCGCCGCCUAAAGCAAAGCCGCUGGGCUCCCCUCCCCCCCCCAACCUCGAUAAAAAGCCUCCGGGAUCUAUUGUAGCCUCAAGUCGGCCGCCGCCAUGAGGGAGAUCGUGCACAUCCAGGCGGGACAAUGCGGCAACCAGAUCGGGGCCAAGUUCUGGGAGGUGAUCAGCGACGAGCACGGCAUCGACCCCACCGGCACCUACCACGGCGACAGCGACCUGCAGCUGGACCGCAUCAGCGUCUACUACAACGAGGCCACCGGGGGUAAGUAUGUCCCAAGGGCCAUCCUGGUGGACCUGGAGCCUGGCACCAUGGACUCUGUGCGCUCAGGACCCUUUGGGCAGAUCUUCAGGCCGGACAACUUCGUCUUUGGCCAGAGCGGCGCCGGCAACAACUGGGCCAAGGGGCACUACACGGAGGGGGCCGAGCUGGUGGACUCGGUGCUGGACGUGGUGAGGAAGGAGGCUGAGAGCUGUGACUGCCUGCAGGGCUUCCAACUGACUCACUCCCUGGGGGGUGGCACUGGCUCUGGCAUGGGCACCCUGCUCAUCUCCAAGAUCAGGGAGGAGUACCCAGACCGCAUCAUGAACACCUUCAGCGUGGUGCCCUCGCCCAAGGUGUCGGACACGGUGGUGGAGCCCUACAACGCCACCCUCUCGGUGCACCAGCUGGUGGAGAACACCGACGAGACCUACUGCAUUGACAACGAGGCCCUCUACGACAUCUGCUUCCGCACCCUCAAGCUGACCACCCCCACCUACGGGGACCUCAACCACCUGGUCUCGGCCACCAUGAGCGGCGUCACCACCUGCCUGCGCUUCCCCGGCCAGCUCAACGCCGACCUCCGCAAGCUGGCCGUCAACAUGGUGCCCUUCCCCCGCCUCCACUUCUUCAUGCCCGGCUUCGCCCCCCUCACCUCCCGGGGCAGCCAGCAGUACCGGGCCCUCACCGUCCCCGAGCUCACCCAGCAGGUCUUCGACGCCAAGAACAUGAUGGCCGCCUGCGACCCGCGCCACGGCCGCUACCUGACGGUGGCCGCCGUCUUCCGGGGCCGCAUGUCCAUGAAGGAGGUGGAUGAGCAGAUGCUGAACGUGCAGAACAAGAACAGCUCCUACUUCGUGGAGUGGAUCCCCAACAACGUCAAGACGGCCGUCUGCGACAUCCCCCCCCGGGGCCUGAAGAUGGCGGUGACCUUCAUCGGCAACAGCACGGCCAUCCAGGAGCUCUUCAAGAGGAUCUCGGAGCAGUUCACCGCCAUGUUCCGCCGCAAGGCCUUCCUCCACUGGUACACCGGGGAGGGCAUGGACGAGAUGGAGUUCACCGAGGCCGAGAGCAACAUGAACGACCUGGUCUCGGAGUACCAGCAGUACCAGGACGCCACCGCCGAGGAGGAGGAGGACUUCGGGGAGGAAGCCGAGGAGGAAGCUUAGGAGAGAAGCUCCAGAGAAGGAGGAGAGUUGGGUUGGUUGUCUCCCCCCCGCCCCCCGUUGCUGCCCCAUCCACCGUCGACACCACGGCGUUGAGUUCAUAGGAGAAGUUGUUCACUGCCCUCAUCGUUGUCCUCAAAAGAGCCUUUGGUCCUCAUCAGCACCCAUGGAGAGCCUUUGGCCUUCAUCAUUGUCCUCA